AUGUUAGUUACAAGUGCCUUAUCAGUCUUUCAAGACGUGUGUGUGUGGGUGUGAGUGUGUGUAUGUGUGUGUGUGUGUGUGGUGUGUGUGUGUGGUGUGUGUGUGUGGUGUGUCCGUGCACAUGCAGGCAUGUGAGUGUUGGAUUAGUUAUUCAGUUGGUUCAUUCUGAGGGUAAAAAUAAUCCUGUGAAUUAUUAACCUGGAUGAUUUUAUAGAGCAGAUGAGCUUCUCUCUAGAUCUCAACUCUUAGGACAUUAGGAGAGACUACUCUAGACAGCGUCGUUUCUUACAAACGCUUUUCCUUGGAUCCUGUUUCCACACGUUCUCUCUCCUUCCAUCCUCUGACGAGGAGAGGACGGGAGGAAAUUAUGGAAUCCAAUUGAGAAAGGGCCUAUGUGAAAAUGAACCAAGAGAGAGAGGGCGAAAAAGAGAGACCUUCUGAUUGGACAUCUCUGGUGUAUUCUAUAAUUACAAUAGCAUGAUUGUUGGAAGAUGAGAACCAUACAGUGUCAAUGUCCACACUUCCAUUGAAAACAACCUUUUGUCUCCCCUAGUGGUAUGAAUCGGGUACUGGAUGGACAGAUGGCCCUGUUGUCACCACCAGUGUUUCUUAGCCCUGCGUCCACAAAGCCUCUCGGAGUAGGAGCACUGAUCUAGGAUCAGUUUAGUCUCAUAUAGACCAUAAUGAAUAAGAUUAUAUGGACAGACCCUAGAUCCGCACCUAUUCUAUACUGAACAAAAGUAUAAACGCAACAUACAACAAAUUUCAACAAUUUUACUGAGUUACAGUUCACAUGAGGAAAUCAGUCAAUUGAAAUAAAUUAAUUAGGCCCUAAUCUAUGGAUUUCACAUAACUGGGCAUAGGCCCACCCACUGUGGAGCAAGGCCCAGUCAAACAUAAUUAGUUUUUCCCCACAAAAGGGAUUUAUUACAGAUAGAAAUACACCUCAGUUUCAUCAGCUGUCUUGGGUGGCUGGUCUCAGACGAUCCCGCAGGUGAAGAAGCCGGAUGUGGAGGCCCUGGGCUGGCGUGGUUACACGUGGUCUGCGGUUGUGAGGCCGGUUGGACGUACUGCCAAAUUCUCUAAAAUGGCGUUGGAGCCGGCUUAUGGUAGAGAAAUGAACAUUACAUUCUCUGGCAACAGCUCUGGUGGACAUUCCUGCAGUCAGCAUGCCAAUUGCACGCUCCCUCAAAACUGGAGACAUCUGUGGCAUUGUGUUGUGUGACAAAACUGCACAUUUUAGAGUGAUUUUUUAUUCUCCCCAGCACAAGGUGCACCUGUGUAAUGAUCAUGCUGCUUAAUCAGCUUCUUGAUAUGCCACACCUGUCAGGUGGAUGGAUAAUCUUGGCAGAGGAGAAAUGCUCACUAACAGGGAUGUAAAACAAAAUUGUGCCCAAAACUGGAGAGAAAUAAGCUUUUUGUGCGUAUGGAAAAUUUGUGGUAUCUUUUAUUUUCAGCUCGUGCAAAAAUGGGACCAACACUUUACAUGUUGUGUUUAUAUUUUGUUGUUCAGUGUAAGACCCUUUGUGGAUACAGGCCCUGGUCCUGGUUGUCACCUGUCUACACCAGUGUUUCUUCUUCCUGGUCCUGGGGAUGACCUCACAAAGGGGUCGUUGGUCGUUGUAGUUUUUGCCUUAGAACUACACUAAUCAACUUCAUCAUCAAACCUGUGAUUAGUGGAAUCAGGUGUACAGUGCAUUCGGAAAGUAUUCAAACCCCUUGACUUUUUCCACAUUUUGUUAUGUUACAGCCCUUAUUCUAAAAUAGAUUGAAUUGUCCCCCCCCCCCCUAUCAAUCUACACACAAUACCCGAUAAUGACAAAGCAAAAACAGGUUUUUACAAAUGUUUGCAAAUAAACAAAUAAGACUGAAAUAUCAUAUUUAUGUAAGUAUUCAGACCCUUUACUCAGUACUUUGUUGAAGCACCACAGAGAUUACAGCCUCGAGUCUUCUUGGGUAUGACGCCAGAGAAUCUUGUUUCUCAUGGUCAGAGAGUCUUUAGGUGCCUUUUGGCAAACUCCAAGCGGGCUGUCAUGUGCCCUUUACUGAGGAGUGGCUUCCGUCUGUCCACUCUACCAUAAAGGCCUGAUUGGUGGAGUGCUGCAGAGAUGGUUGUCCUUCUGGAAGGUUCUCCCAUCUCCACAGAGGAACUCUAGAGCUCUGUCAGAGUGACCAUCGGGUUCUUGGUCACCUUCCUGACCAAGGCCCUUCUCCCCCGAUUGCUCAGUUUGGCCGGGCGGCCAGCUCUAGGAAGAGUCUUGGUUGUUCGAAACUUCUUCCAUUUAAGAAAGAUAGAGGCCACUGUGUUCUUGGGGAUCUUCAAGGCGGCAGACAUUUUUUGGUACCCUUCCCCAGAUCUGUAUCUGUGCUUUGACACAAUCCUGGCUUUGUUUUUGCUCUGACAUGCACUGUCAACUGUGUCAACACGUUCCCAGUGGGUCAGAAGUUUACAUACACUCAAUUAGUAUUUGGUAGCAUUGCCUUUAAAUUGUUUAACUUGGGUCAAACAUUUUGGGUAGCCUUCCACAAGCUUCCCACAAUAAGUUGGGUGAAUUUUGGCCCAUUCCUCCUGACAGAGCUGUUGUAACUGAGUCAGGUUUGUAGGCCUCCUUGCUCGCACACGCUUUUUCAGUUCUGCCCACAAAUGUUCUAUAGGAUUGAGGUCAGGGCUUUGUGAUGGCCACUCCAAUACCUUGACUUUGUUGUCCUUAAGCCAUUUUGCCACAACUUUGGAUGUAUGCUUGGGGUCAUUGUCCAUUUGGAAGACCCAUUUGCGACCAAGCUUUAACUUCCUGACUGAUGUCUUGAGAUGUUGCUUCAAUAUAUUCACAUAAUCUUCCUCAUGAUGCCAUCUAUUUUGUGAAGUGCACAAGUCCCUCCUGCAGCAAAGCACCCCCACAGCAUGAUGCUGCCACCCCGUGCUUCACGGUUGGGAUGGUGUUCUUCGGCUUGCAAGUAACCCCGUUUUUCCUCCAAACAUAACGGUGGUCAUUAUGGCCAAACAGUUCUAUUUUUGUUUAAUCAGACCAGAGGACAUUUCUCCCAAAAGUACGAUCUUUGUCCCCAUGUGCAGUUGCAAACCGUAGUCUGGCUUUUUUAUGGCGGUUUUAGAACAGUGGCUUCUUCCUAGCUGAGCGGCCUUUCAGGUUAUGUCGAUAUAGGACUCGUUUUACUGUUGAUAUAGAUACUUCUGUACCUGUUUCCUCCAGCAUCUUCACAAGGUCCUUUGCUGUUGUUCUGGGAUUGAUUUGCAUUUUUCGCACCAAAGUACGUUCAUCUCUAGGAGACAGAACGCGUCUCCUUCCUGAGCGGUAUGACGGCUGCGUGGUCCCAUGGUGUUUAUACUUGCAUACUAUUGUUUGUACAGAUGAACGUGGUACCUUCAUGCAUUUGGAAAUUGCUCUCAAGGAUGAACCAGACUUGUGGAGGUCUACAAUUUGUGGUCUUGGCUGAUUUCUUUUCAUUUUCCUAUGAUGUCAAGCAAAGAGGCACUGAGUUUGAAGGUAGGCCUUGAAAUACAUCCACAGGUACACCUCCAAUUGACUCAAAUGAUGUCAAUUAGCCUAUCAGAAGCUUCUAAAGCCAUAAUAUCAUUUUCUGGAAUUUUCCAAUCUGUUUAAAGGCACAGUCAACUUAGUGUAUGUAAACUUCUGACCCACUGGAAUUGUGAUAUAGUGAAUUAUAUGUGAAAUAAUCUGUCUGUAAACAAUUGUUGGAAAAAUUACUUGUGUCAUGCACAAAGUAGAUGUCCUAACCGACUUGUCAAAACUAUAGUUUGUUAACGAGACAUUUGUGGAGUGGUUGAAAAACUGGUUUUAAUGACUCCAACCUAAGUGUAUGUAAACUUCUGACUUCAACUGUAGACAGGUGUGUGCCUUUCCAAAUCAUGUCCAAUCAAUGAAAUUACCACAAGUAGACUCCAAUCAAGUUGUAGAAACAUCUCAAGGAUGAUCAAUGGAAACAGGAUGCACCUGAGCUCAACUUCGAGUCUCAUAGCAAAGGGUCUGAAAACUUAUGUAAAAAAUGUAUUUUUGUUUUUUAUUUUAAAUACAUUUGCAAAAAUGUCCUAAACACCUGGUUUCGCUUUGUCAUUAUGGGGUAUUGUAUGUAGAUUGAUGAGGAAAAAAAAGUAAUGUAAUCCAUUUUAGAAUAAGGCUGUUACGUAACGAAAUGUGGAAAAAGGGAAGGGGUCUGAAUAUUUUCCGAAUGCUCUGUAUAGUGCUAGGGGAAAAAUAAAAAUGAGCAUCCCUUUACGUCCCGUGGACCAGGAUGAAAAAACACUGGUCUACACGUUUCAACAAGCGUGCUUUCUAUAGUAAAAGGAUUGGCUUCUUUUUCCUGUAGUGGAAUGUUGUAAUGGCCUCACAGAGGGAGUAGCUAUAGAAGUAGCAAUAAAAGCAACGCAAAGAUCUUUUAUAUUACGUGAGGCGUUGAUCUUCAACUAGGUUUAUUUAUGUCGGCUUCAUCAUCGACCCCAUUUUGCUGAGGUAGGCUUGGACUUUCCCGUAUAUAUGACAUCACAGUGAUCUCUUAUUUGAUUAUAACGUCUUUGUUCUUUAUAACUGUGUUAGAAGUUGUAUCUCUCAGGCCUGGCCAAUAGGAGACAAGAAGGCUGUGUUUACACAGGCAGCCCAAUUCUGAUCUUUACCCCCAAUUAUUGGCAAAGAGCUGAUCUGAUUAGACAAGAGACCAAUUAGUGAAAAAAGGAUCGGAAUUGUGCUGCCUGUGUAAACGCAUCCCAAGUGUCUCAAAUGGCAUCCUAUUACCUAUACAGUGCACUUAUUUUGACCUUAUGGGUCCUGGACAACAGUAGUACACUAUAGGAAUAUGGUGCCAUUUGAGAUCCACCCUAAAUUAAUAUUGACUGAUUCCAACUUCUUUGUUCUUUAGAACUUUGUUUCCAGUCUCCCAGACCUGGCGGAUAGGAGACAAGCUGUGUCUGUAGGUAAAGGGUUGGGACCAGUUUCCAGUCUCUCAGACCUGGCGGAUAGGAGACAAGCUGUGUCUGUAGGUAAAGGGUUGAGACCAGUUUCCAGUCUCCCAGACCUGGCGGAUAGGAGACAAGCUGUGUCUGUAGGUAAAGGGUUGAGACCAGUUUCCAGUCUCCCAGACCUGGCGGAUAGGAGACAAGCUGUGUCUGUAGGUAAAGGGUUGGGACCAGUUUCCAGUCUCUCAGACCUGGCGGAUAGGAGACAAGCUGUGUCUGUAGGUAAAGGGUUGGGACCAGUUUCCAGUCUCUCAGACCUGGCGGAUAGGAGACAAGCUGUGUCUGUAGGUAAAGGGUUGAGACCAGUUUCCAGUCUCCCAGACCUGGCGGAUAGGAGACAAGCUGUGUCUGUAGGUAAAGGGUUGGGACCAGUUUCCAGUCUCCCAGACCUGGCGGAUAGGAGACAAGCUGUGUCUGUAAGUAAAGGGUUGAGACCAGUUUCCAGUCUCCCAGACCUGGCGGAUAGGAGACAAGCUGUGUCUGUGGCCUCACACAGAUUAAACGGUUUGAAGUAGCAAUCAAAGUAACAUGAGAAUCUUUUAUGAGGCAUUGAUUGAUGAUCAACUAGGGUUAUUGUUUUAGUUGUUUAUCCUUCUGGCUAUUGACCCUGUUUUGGUAAGCUUGUACUUUCCAGUAAAUUCCAUCACACUUUCCUGUAAAAGAAGCACUAAAUCAUUAUUGUUCAAAACAAGUUUGUUCCUUAUAGCUUUGUUUACGGUUAUGUGUCUCAGACGUGGCAGAUAAGAACACGUGGAUCUCUCAGAGCUGGGAUAAAUAGUGUUGAGGGUUGGUAGCAUAAAGAACCCCCAGGAUCCUUCACUGAGACCUCUCUGCGGCAGGUAACUCAACAUUCACUUCUGAUAAUACUGUAAUAUGGGAUAACGUCAUUCAUUUGUGAUGACAAGUUUGUUGCGUGAUAUACUUUAAUGGAAACCUCCAUUACAAGUUGUAGUAUGUCAUCAUAUAUGUCUUACCUUUUUAAGUAUAUUUAAAGUAUAACAUUUUGGUGAUCGGUUGAUGUCUCUCUCUCUCUCUCUCUCUCUCUCGUCUUCCCCAUAGACAUGUUGUCCUGUGUUGUUCUUCCUCUCUGGUUUCCUCUCUCCUCUCUCUCUCUUCCCACAGACAUGUGUGUCCUGGUUUUCCCUCUGGGUGUCAUCUCUCUCUCUCUUCUUCACCAUAGACAUGUGUUCCUGUGUUAUCCUCUGGUUCUCUCUCUCUAUCUCUCUCUCUUCCCCAUAGACAUGUGUCAUGUGUUCUCCUUGGUCUCUCUCUCUCUUCUAUCUUCCCAUUAGACAUGUUGUCCUGUGUUAUCCUUGGGCUCUCUCCUCUCUCUCUCUUCCCAGUGGGACAUGGCCCUUUGUUCCCCUUCUGGUUUUGGGGGGGGGUUUUCUCUCUCUCUUUCUUUCCCAUAGGACAUGUUGCCUGGUUUCCUGGUUGUCUCUCUCUCUCUCUCUCUCUUCCCCAAACAUGUUGUCUCUGUGUUCUCCUCUGGUUGUUCUCCUCUUCUCUUCCCCAAGACAUUGUUGUUGUGUUCCUCGGGUUUGGUCCCCCAUUCUCUCUCUUCCCCAUGACAUGUGUCUGUGUUCCCCUUUGGUUUCUUCUCUCUUCUCUCUCUUCCCCUAGACAUGUUGUCCUGUGUUCCCCUCUGGUUCCUCUCUCUCUCUCUCCCUUUAGACAUGUUGUCCUGUGUUCUCCUCUGGUUCUCUCUCUUUUCUUCUCUCUUCCCCAAAGACAUGUUGUCCUGUGUUCUCCCCCUGGGGGUCUCCUCUCUCCUCUCUCUUCUCCAUAGAAUUUUGUCCUGGUUCUCCUGGUGCUCUCUCUCUCUCUUCCUUCCCAGGGACAUGUUGUCCUGUGUUCUCCUCUGGUGUCUUCUCUCUCUCUUUUUCCCCAUAGACAUGUUGUCCGUGUUCUCCUUGUUGUCUUCCCCCUCUCUCUUUUUUCCCCAUAGACUUGUUUGCCUGUGUUCUCCUCUGGGGGUCCUCUCUCUCUCUCUCUUCCCUAGACAUGUGUCCGUGUCUCCUUGGUUGUCUCUCCUUCUCUCUCUCUUCCCCAUAGACAUGUUGCCCUGUUUUCUCCUCUGGUUGUCUCCUUCUUUUCCCAUAGACAUGUUCCUUGUUCUCCUCUGGUGUUCUCUCUCUUCUCUCUCUCUCUCUCUCUCCCAUAGACAUGCUGUCCUGUGUUCUCCUCGGUUUUUUCUCUCUCUCUUUUCUUCCCCAUGGGGAAUGUUGCCCUGUGUUCUCCUCGGGUUUUGUCUACUCUCUCUCUUCCCCAUAGACAUGUGUCCUUGGUUCCCCUUUCGGUUGUCUUCUCUCUCUCUCUCUUCCCCAUAGACAUGUUGUCCUGUGUUCUCCUCUGGUGUCUCUCUCUCUCUCUCUCUCUUCCCCAUAGACAUGUUGUCCUGUGUUCUCCUCUGGUUGUCUCUCUCUCUCUCUCUCUCUUCCCCACAGACAUGUUGUCCUGUGUUCUCCUCUGGUUGUCUCUCUCUCUCUCUCUCUCUUCCCCAUAGACAUGUUGUCCUGUGUUCUCCUCUGGUUGUCUCUCUCUCUCUCUCUCUUCCCCAUAGACAUGGUGUCCUGUGUUCUCCUGUUGUUGAUGUUUCCUCUACUGAUGGUUGAACAUGCAUCAUGUACACCUACAACUAACUCAACUUCAAUACCUCAACUUGGUAAGAUAUUGACCUUCUCACUUAUUCACUGCUCUAAUUUACUAUAAACUAUAUUGUCCAUUUGUUACGGCGAACAACGACCCUCCCCACCCCCCUCCCAGAUAGCAUACCACACACACCGUUGUGUACUGUAAUUUAUAUGUAUACAAGCAGCCAUACCUCAGGUGAAUAAUUUCCAUACUAUUGUAGGACCAGUAUGGAAAUAGGCCUCCAGGCUCUAUAGGGUUUUAUCCUCUGUAGUGUUUAAUGUUGUUUCCAGCUGGCCUCCAGGCUCUAUAGGGUUUUAUCCUCUGUAGUGUUUAAUGUUGUUUCCAGCUGGCCUCCAGGCUCUAUAGGGUUUUAUCCUCUGUAGUGUUUAAUGUUGUUUCAAGCUGGCCUCCAGGCUCUAUAGGGUUUUAUCCUCUGUAGUGUUUAAUGUUGUUUCCAGCUGGCCUCCAGGCUCUAUAGGGUUUUAUCCUCUGUAGUGUAUAAUGUUGUUUCCAGCUGGCCUCCAGGCUCUAUAGGGUUUUAUCCUCUGUAGUGUAUAAUGUUGUUUCCAGCUGGCCUCCAGGCUCUAUAGGGUUUUAUCCUCUGUAGUGUUUAAUGUUGUUUCCAGCUGGCCUCCAGGCUCUAUAGGGUUUUAUCCUCUGUAGUGUGUAAUGUUGUUUCCAGCUGGCCUCCAGGCUCUAUAGGGUUUUAUCCUCUGUAGUGUUUAAUGUUGUAAUGAUGUUUCCAGCUGGCCUCCAGGCUCUAUAGGGUUUUAUCCUCUGUAGUGUUUAAUGUUGUAAUGUUUUCUCCAGCAGACUGCUGCUUCUAAUUAUCAGACUCACAACUAAUUCAACUUCACUGUCUCAACUUGGUGUGACACUCACACACACACACACGCACGCACGCACACACACACACACACACACACACACACACACACACACACACACGCACGCUCACACACACGCAUGCACACACACACACGCACGCACGCACGCACGCACACACACACACACGUGCUUAUCAAGUAUUUGAACAUUUAAAUGUACAUACAAAACAACUUUCCUCUUAUCUUGGUGAUAUUCCCGUUCCAGAAGCAGUGCAGGCGGUCCAUGAGGGCAGACGUGCAGUCGGAGCCAGAACAGACUUCAACAGUUUGGACAGACUGAGGAACAGAACACGAUACGUUGCCAGGAGCUGUAAAGAAAUAAAGGACAGAUAUAACCAACAUGAAGGUAAGAAACAUUUUUUUAUGUGAUAAUAAUCAUAUAUUAACAAUAUAUGCCAUUUAAACAGACGCUUUUAUCCAAAGCGACUUACAGUUAUUGCGUGCAUACAUUUUCACAUGGGGUUGCCCCAGUGGGAUAUAAACUCACAAUCCUAUUGUUGCCUUGCUCUGAGUCACACAGGACCAUCCAUGUUUAUAACUGCUGUACACUGCAGUGCUGCAUAUGAAAUAACUAUUAAUGUCUGAUCACUCAGAUUACAACAGAAAGAAUAGCAGUGCCAAUCUUGUACUGUGUAUCUGUCGCCACCCGGUGGUUGUGUUUGGUGUUGCAUGUACAGUACAUUGAGUAUCACCAUGGUUAUAAAGAAUUUACUUAUCACAUUUGGGCAGCUAUAUUUCGUUAUAUUUAGAUAUGUGUAUCAAUAUAUGUAGAUAUUUACUUUGUUAUAUUUACAUAUAUAUUAGUAUAUUUAGGUAUACACUUGAAUAUAUGUAAGCAUAUAGUUCAAUAUAUUGUUAAAUGCUUUAAUAUAUGCAGUUAUGUAUUUCAAUAUAUGUAUUUAUAUAUUUCAAUAUCUGUAGUUAUGUAUAUUUUCAAUAUAUGUCGAUAUAUCAAAAAGAAAGCAGGACCAAGGCACUCUUCAUAUAAUUAAAUAAAAUGCCUUUAUUAGUAUGGCGUGUUCAAUAGAAACAAAUAUUUUUUUUUUAUCCGACGCGUUUCGGCAUAUGAAGAGCGCCUUGGUCCUGCUUUCUUUUUGAUGACCAAUUCACCCCUUUGACCAAAGAGCACCUUCUGUCUACCAACAUCUACUACUGUGUCCCUUAGUAGCGCUUCCCUUCCUCCUCUUUCUAUAUGUUUUGCCCAUUGGCAAUAAGUUCCCAUGUUAUUUUGUCCAAAAAAACAGGUAAUAUCGCUUCCUCCUCUUUCUACUAGUAUGUGGUGGAUAUAUCGUUGUAAUAUAUUUCUCUGUCUGUCAGAUGGUCUGUACUAUCUGACCACAGCCAGCGGGGUGAUGUACCAGACCUUCUGUGACAUGACCACAGCGGGCCGCGGCUGGACCCUGGUGGCGAGCGUGCACGAGAACAACAUGUAUGGGAAGUGCACGGUGGGCGACCGCUGGUCCAGUCAGCAGGGUAGUAACCCCAACCGGCCAGACGGAGAGGGGAACUGGGCCAACAGGGCCACCUUUGGAACAGCAGAGGGCGCCACCUCUGAUGACUUCAAGGUAGAGCGACUUGUUUUGUCUUGUCUAGUCUAGACGGUCUAGUCUCAAUCGCGUUUUUCUAGAUCAUCUAGUGUUGUCUAGUCUAGAUCUCUUUUUCUAGAUCCACCUCAUGGACUGUACAGUCAGGCGUCAGAUUGCUAUAUCAUAUGAUGGGGUUUAAGCUGAUAUGUUAAAUAGAUGAUCAGAUUGCUGUAUCAUAUGAUGUGGUUUAAUCUGAUAUGUUAAAUGGAUGAGCAGAUUGCUAUAUCAUAUGAUUGGGUUUAAUCUGAUAUGUUAAAUGGAUGAUCAGAUUGCUAUAUCAUAUGACGGUGUUUAAGCUGAUAUGUUAAAUAGAUGAUCAGAUUGCUAUAUCAUAUGAUGGGGUGUAAACUAAUACGUUGAAAACCUAUACAGCAGGGUUGAGAAAAAAAAUCCAUUUCAAUUCCAGUCUAUCCAGAAAGUAAACCAAAUUACAAUUCCAAAUUCUUCCCAUUGGAACGCAUUGAAGAGAAUUGGAAUUGGAAUUUCAGUGCAUUUCCUGAAUUGACUGGAAUUGGAAUGGAAUUGUGUUAUGCAAGACAUUAAUACAUCUCCUCCCCUCUCACUCAGAACCCUGGGUAUUAAUACAUAUCCUGUCUCCCUCAGAACCCUGGUUAUUAAUACAUAUCCUCCCCUCUCCCUCAUAACCCUGGGUAUUAAUAAAUCUCCUCCUGUCUCCCUCAGAACCCUGGGUAUUAAUACAUUUCCUCCUGUUUCCUUCAGAACUCUGGGUAUUAAUACAUCUCCUCCUGUCUCCCUCAGAACCCUGGGUAUUAAUACAUCUCCUCCUGUCUCCUUCAGAACCCUGGGUAUUAAUACAUCUCCCUCUGUCUCCCUCAGAACCCUGGGUAUUAAUACAUCUCCUCCUGUCUCCCUCAGAACCCUGGGUAUUAAUACAUCUCCUCCCCUCUCCCUCAGAACCCUGGGUAUUAAUACAUUUCCUCCUGUCUCCUUCAGAACUCUGGGUAUUAAUACAUCUCCUCCCCUCUCCCUCAGAACCCUGGGUAUUAAUACAUAUCCUCCUGUCUCCCUCAGAACCCUGGAUAUUAAUACAUCUCCCUCUGUCUCCCUCAGAACCCUGGGUAUUAAUACAUAUCCUGUCUCCCUCAGAACCCUGGGUAUUAAUACAUCUCAUGUCUCCCUCAGAACCCUGGGUAUUAAUACAUCUCCUCCCCUCUCCCUCAGAACCCUGGGUACUAAUACAUCUCUUCCUGUCUCCCUCAGAAGAUUAAUUCAUCUCCACCUGUCUCCCUCAGAACCCUGGGUAUUAAUAAAUAUCCUCCUGUCUCCCUCAGAACCCUGGGUAUUAAUACAUCUCCUGUCUCCCUCAGAACCCUGGGUAUUAAUACAUCUCCCUCUGUCUCCCUCAGAACCCUGGGUAUUAUGACAUCGUGGCGGAGGACAUGUCUGUGUGGCACGUCCCCAACAACUCUCCUUUGGAACACUGGAACCUGGCCUCCAUCCUGCGCUACCACACAGAGAGACGCUUCCUCACCCUGCAAGGAGGCAACCUGCACCAACUCUUCAAGGUAUCACUCAGACACACACGCACCUACACACAGACACGCACGUACACACACACACGCACCUACACACAGACACACACGCACCUACACACAGACACAGACACGCACGUACACACACGCGUACAAAAUACGCAUGCACGUAAACACACACACACACACGUACACACACACACCCGCACACACACACAGUUCAAUGCACGCAUUCUUGUUGUAUUUACUUACACAGGUGCUAGAGGUAGUUCGGUCCACAUUAUGAAUAACUUUGACAAACUAAUGCAUCAAGCUGAUGCCUAGGCUUUAGCUCAGUAGGCUAACACAGUCUCGUGGCUCACCCACUUGGUCACCCAGAUGGGUGCUUGAUUAAAGCUCGACAUGAAUGAUAUUGUGUUCUAAUGUGCCAGACCCAUCCAGUGAGGUACAACGUGGGGUCUUGCAGCGACAGAGGACCAUCCAUUCCUGUUGUCUAUGACCAUGGAGACACGGAGACCACCAGAGAGCUGUAUGGACCCAACGUAAGAAGUAUGGGGCUUCUUUAAUUUGAUCAACCAUGAGCUAAUGAAAGAGAGCGAUGAAUGCACUGAAAUGAAAUAUAUCUGUAGACAUGUAUUAACACGUCUUUCUUCAACUAAAGAAAGUAUGUGACUUUUAUUUAAUCAUAUUUUAUCCACCAUGACACACAGAAAUAAUAGAAUGGUGAAUCAAACUAAAUAUACACCUGUAGAUAACAACAACUUUACUGUGAUUAAGUUUACACAGAAGGGAAAUGUGUCUAUGGAAUAAAUGACCUGGCUUGUAGACAUUCAUAUCAUGUGUCUGUGAUGUUUUCUUUUCUCCUAAAGAUGAGUUUCAACCUGGCUUCAUCACGUUCAGAGCGAUAAACAACGAACGAGCAGGCCAUGGCCAUCUGUUCUGGGGUCAAACCAACCGGCUGCAACACUGAACAUGUGAGUUAAAAGGAAGAAUCGUGGUAUUCUUUUAAGACAAAUAAUUGCUGUGUGUGUAUUGUGUUGUGCAAGCAUUUAAAUGACAUGUAUGAGUCCAUCUGUUUCAUAACCUGUGUGUGUGUGUGUGUGUGUGUGUGUGUGUGUGUGUGUGUGUGUGUGUGUGUGUGUGUGUGUGUGUGUGUGUGUGUGUGUGUGUGUGUGUGCAGUAUUGUAUAGGUGGUGGUGGACACUUCCCUAGCGAUGCUCCCAGACAGUGUGGUGACUUCACUAGCUUUGACUGGGAUGGUUACGGGACCAACAUAGGCUGGAGUGCGUCCAGGGAGAUCACCGAAGCUGCUGUGCUGCUCUUCUACCGUUAAAUUCCAUCCAAUAAACUUUUACUAUAUUCUAUACACUGUAAAGAAUAAAACUUUAUUGUCCAAAGAAAACUAACCAUUCCAUGAUAUUGUAUAGAAAAUUAACCAUUCCAUGAUGUUGAAUAGAAAACUAAGCAUUCCAUGGAUAUUGUAUAGAAAAUUAACCAUUCCAUGAUGUUGAAUAGAAAACUAACCAUUCCAUGAUAUUGAAUACAAAACUAACCAUUCCAUGAUAUUGUAUAGAAAACUAACCAUUCCAUGACAUUGUAUAGAAAACUAACCAUUCCAAGGUAUUGUACAGAAAACUAACCAUUCCAAGGUAUUGUAUAGAAAACUAACCAUUCCAUGGUAUUGUACAGAAAACUAACCAUUCCAUGGUAUUGUAUAGAAAACUAACCAUUCCAUGGUAUUGUAUAGAAAACUAACCAUUCCAUGGUAUUGUAUAGAAAACUAACCAUUCCAUGGUAUUGUAUAGAAAACCCCCCCCCCCCUAACCAUUCCCAUGAUAUGUGUAUAGAAAACUAACCAUUUUUUCCAUGGUAAUUUUGUUUAAUAGAAAACUAACCAUUCCAUGGUAUUGUAUAGA